CGCGGCGCUCGGCCUUCAAGCUUCGGCCCUCGAAAUCAGAUUGUCCGCGUGCGGCCUGCACCUUUCCUUCCCUCUUCAUCCAUCCCCACAGUCCAAGAUGGCGACCAACAGCAUCGCCUCGCUGCGCGCCACGCUCAACUCCCACACCGAGGCGCUCGACGUGCGUUUCCGCGCCCUCUUCUCGCUCAAGGGCCUUGCCUCCUCUUCCUCCGAGGCCGCGCAGCAGGCCAUCGACGCCAUCGGCGCGGCGUUCAAGGACGACUCGGCGCUGCUGAAGCACGAGCUGGCAUAUGUGCUGGGCCAGAUGCAGGAUGUGCGCGCCAUUCCCGUGCUGGAGGGUGUGCUGAAGGAUGAGGAGGAACAUGCCAUGGUCAGACAUGAGGCAGCAGAGGCCCUCGGCGCCAUCUCCUCGCCCUCCUCGCUGCCCAUUCUGCGCGCCUACGAGGCCGACGCCGACGUCUCGGUGCGCGAGACGUGCGGCCUGGCCAUCAAGAAGAUCGAGUGGGACAACUCGGAGGAAGGCGCGCGGGAGAAGGCGCGCAAGGCCGCGGGCGAGGAGCAGAGCGCAUUCACGCCCAUCGACCCCGCCCCCGCCCUCUCCUCCUCUGCCUCAGCACCCUCCAUCGCCUCCUCGCGCACGCUGCUCACCGACGCCUCAGCGCCCCUGUUCGAGCGCUACCGCGCCAUGUUUGCGCUGCGCAACGCCGUGCACAACGCCCGGCGGCGCGCCGAGCUUCCCUCGCUGUCCGAUGAGGAGCGGAAGGAGGCGGGCGAGGAGGGCAAGCAGGCGGUGCUGGCGCUGGCGGAUGGCUUGAGCGAUGGAAGCGCGCUGUUCCGGCAUGAAAUCUGCUUCGUCUUCGGCGAGCUGGCGCACCCAGCCUCGGUCCCUUCUAUGAUCCGCGUGCUCUCCAACGACGCAGAGCAUGAAAUGGUGCGGCAUGAGGCGGCCGAGGCGCUCGGUGCAGUCGCCGAGGAGGAGGAGGGCGAGGAGCACGCCGAGGUGCUCAAGGAGCUCAAGCGCUGGGCCGAGGAUGCCAGUGCGCCGAGAGUGGUGCGGGAGAGCUGUGUGGUGGCGCUUGAUGAGUUGAAGUACAACAACGACCCCACGCAGUUCCAGCGCAUCGAGCCGGCAUCGGGCGUCGCCGAGGUGCCUAGCGUGCCUGUGGCGCCCGUUGCUUGAGAAGAAGCAACUCCAAAACGGGCCCAGCUGCGUGCCAUCCCCUCUCGGCCCAGGCCUCUGCCUAUGCACCACUCAUUUGCCCCUCGUCUGCCGCCUUGUCAUCUUGCUAUUACGUCGCUCACUUAAGUCACACUCUUUGCUUCCUUCGUUCGCGCGGCUGGGGAAGCGGAGAUGUAUUGUGAGGGCUGCAGGGUACUUUGAAGAGGGCGAGGCGAGAGCAUGUUGAGAGAGUGGGUGCGACGUGACGGGUAGGGAUGAUGUACAG